GUGACGUGAAGUGAACUCUCAAACGUCCGGCAAGGCAAAUAAACAUCUUUAUAAGAAAUUACCUAUUUAUACAUUACAAUUUCAUUUUGUGUCCAAAAGACGUUUGUCAAUGUAAGACACAAAAUGCUACAGUUUUAUAACAUAAGAGUAUAAGGUUUAAAUCUGUUUGCAGGGCUUGAUGAAAUGUCUCCAUCACUGACUGCUGUUUAGAGCCCAGGGUUUCAUCAUGCUUCAAGCAGAAGCCCUCCAACUGCUUUGCCUUACAGCCUCAAGUGGAGUUCCACUGUUCUCACGAGGCUCUUCCAAGCAGCUCCCCUUUUCCAUCAUUGGCUCCUUAAACGGUGUCCAUAUGUUUGGUGCCGGACAUGGUGCUCAGCUGUCAAGCUGCGAGACCGAGCGUGGUAGUCGUGUAGUCUGGAGGGUCUUCCAGGAGAGCCUGAUGCUCAUUGCUGUAAGUGGUGGUGGGGGCAUUGCUAUCAGUGAGCUGCAGCUGCUGCGCCUGCUGGAGAAUGUGUGGAACUGCAUGGUGAUGGUCCUGGGACAGGACGAGCUGGCAAACAUACGCAAUGUGGAGCGGUUGAAACGGGAGGUGCGGUCUUGCUACCAUUUGAUUGACAUGCUCUUGGAGCGCGUUAACGAUGGCCAGGGGAUGAUGGGACAUUUGACGCAAUGUGCCGACUGCGUGCCACUCUCAAAUUCUGGCAUAGUUCAAGAGACCCUGGAGUCUUUCACCCAGGCAGCGGAUAGUGAAUUCGGCUGCCUGGUGGUGCACGGCCGUGUGGCCCAUGCCACGGAAAAAUGGUGGUCUCGAUUGGCUCCACAAGAAGUUGUUGUGCUUUUAGCUCUGGUAUACUCGCUCUCUGGCACGUCCUCUUGUGAUUAUCCUGUCUUCCUGCCCCAGGGUAGUCCUACAGUCGCCAUUCGUCUACUGUGUUUCCAGCUGCUUCCUGGGGUUCAGGUAUGUGUUCUCUGUGGCCCCAAACCCUCUCUGUACCUGGCGGGGAAAGAGCUUCUGAGUCGUUUUUGGUCCCCUCUGCUGGAAACUCUCCGUGGCUGUCUGGAGCAAACUGACCGCUCCAUCCUCCCACCAUCUGUCUACCUUCGCUGGGAUGUCCAGGCUCUUCUGCUCAUCAACCGUGAAUCUCGACGUGCAAUAACGGUGUGCCCACGUGUUCGAGGCGGUGCUUCAGCAAACGCUGCACCGCUCCUCUCAUCAGCCCGCCGUUUGGAGCUCCUUAGUCACUUCUAUACAUUUGCUGUGACCCGAUAUUUUAACUCGGAGGAUGUCUCGCCAGCCUCACCUGCUUCUGAGCCCACCCCUGAGGAUUUCUCUCAGGGUUUUACCCAUGUUCCUGUGCAGUGCUACCUCGUCACUGAUGAGUGCAAGUGUUAUGGCCUGCAGAGUCCUCAGCACCAGCUCUACCUCCUCACGGAUCUUUCCGUUCCCACGUUUGCCUUGCGCUCUGUGGCUACACAGACUCUCUCAGCUAUUACUGCUGUAACAGGUUUUUAGGGCAUUGGUUUUACUCUUGUAUUUGUUUUCGACCAUGUAGCAGUUAAAAGCAAAAUAACUUUAUUACGCAUGAGUGCUUUCUUAAAGGGAUAGUUGACUCAAGAAGAAAAAAUAUUUAUUUAUCCUCAUGUUAUUGAAAAACUGUAUAUUUUGCAAAAUGUAUUUUCGGUGGUUUUGUCACCAUACAGUGGAAGUCAGCUUUCUUCAAAAUAUUUUCGAUUUGUGUUCUGCGGAAACAAAAAGUCAUACAGGUUUGGAAUGACAUCUGAUGUUUAUUUGAGUGAACUGUCCCUUUAAGAUCUGGAACAGCAGUACAGUCAGGAUUUCAACAGAUGUUAUCCUGAAAGUGAAGCCAAGUACAAUGUAAGUUGGAGUUGCACUUGUGUUUUCAGAGUCUACUUUAUCUUAUUACUGUAGGGUAUGUGUAGCAAUCCCACUGAUAUCAAAUCUAUUUCAUGAAACCUUAUUGGUGCAUUGAAUAUUGUUGAAUGUAUUUUUCUUUAAAGGAACGUUUGAUGAUAUUUAUGAUGACAAUGGUGAUCUGCAUAAAUUGUUGUUUGAAAUUAAUCUUGGAGGGUUGUCAUACCUUUCUUCAAUAACAAGAAAAUAAAAAACAUAAACGGUAAAAUUAUUUUUAACAAGACAACCUCACUUUUGUUGUGUUCAAAUUGUUUUUAAAUCUUGCAACAUUUUAAUGUCCAGUUAAUUUUAUAUAAACUCCGCCCCCUUCUGGCCACAUAGAACAGAAUCCGACCAAAGCCAACUUUUCAUAUCAUUUUCACCUUUUUUAUAACACCGUUGUGUAAACAUAAUGAGAAAAACGCAAAUAUUUAACCACACUUUAACGGCAUAUUGAAAAGUUAAGUAUUACUAACAACAAAUAUAUGUUUUAUCUAUUUGACAAAGUCAUUUCAUGCCAUGUAGUCUAUGACAUUUUAUUAUUAUGCAGUGUCAUUAUCGUAAAGACAAUAUAGUUACAGUACAGUAUUAAAUAGUAAAAAAUGCAAAAAAAUAACAGAUAUUUUUCUUAAUUUUACGCAGGGCAUUAUAUUUUCAUCACAGUAUUCACCCACACAUAGAAUCUCAUAAUCAAAGUAUUCACUCACAAUCAUUGAGGUAAUCUAGUACCAAAGACUUUAUGACUGUCGUUGUUCUAGCGGCAUUAAAUCCAAUCUACAGUUUGUUUUUAUUGCUGCGUUUGGACAUUGGAUGCAAUGUCUAACCUCAAAAACUGUUUGAAUGAAGCCAGCAUAAAGCUUUGCCCUGCUUCCUGAAGGGAAAAAACCUUUAAUCAGCAUUUCUAAAAGUUUUUGCAUGGUAAAUGCCUGUUGAUGGCUCUAACUCUGGAAAAAAAUACGAUUAAAUCUUAUUUCAGAGAAGACAUUAAUCUUAUCUCUAAAAUGGCAUAAAGGAUAAUACAUCCGGUAAUGUCAUGGGUUUCACAAGUAGCCAUAUAAUGUAAAUGUAAUGAAAAGAAAUAAUUAGACACUGACUCAUUGUAAACUUUUAUUUGAGGGCUGUGCUGUUAUUUGUCUUUUAACCCUCUUUGAAAGAUAAAAUAUUACUGUAAUUUACUUUUUCUUUUGUUGGAACUAUAACCUUGACUGGGAAUCAAAAUAUGAUUGAGGUAAAAACAUUUUAAAAAGAAAAGUUUCUGUAAUGUGAACAUAGAUAUUUUUUGUAACUGUUAACACUUUUAAAGCAACUGAAAUUGUGACUAAAAGUGCAAUAUUAUGCACUGGCAGAUGACUCAAUUAGUAAAUAAUGCAACAUAAACAUUAUAACAAGUUGAAUUGUUCUCCAUGUUUUUGUCACAUGUUUCCAACUGUGCUUUCAACAGUGCUUGACACAGAGUCUCAUCUCACCGUUCUCUGUCAAAUUUUGUACUAAAAUGUGCACUUGGUAUUUCACUGAAUCUACAUCCUAUCCAUAGAUUUCUAAGCAAAAAAAUCUGUGUUUAUAAAUGUUUGUUGCUUUAAUGAAAGCAUAUAACCAUUCUACACAAAUAAUAUUUUUUUAACUUAAAGCUCCUCCUCUCUGGACGUUAAUUUAAGAUUAUGAGGGUACAUGAAUUUUAAAACGAAAAUGACCCACAUUGAUAAGCUAUUUACUAUAAACGCUGCAAUAUUUCAUGAAAAACUAAGAACGGUCAUGUUUAAUUUCACUGGGACUUUAAGUCCUGUGAUGUAGCCAAUACUUUUUAUAUUAGUAAAACUAAAUCCUGAAAUUCAAGACACAUUUGACUAGUUGUUAACGUGGGAACUAUUAUUCACAAAAACAUCCUGAAAUAUUUCAAACAAAACAAAGCUAGAGGCGUACAUGCAUUGAUGCUGGGCUUUUGCCUCAAAACCUUAUAGUUCCUGGCACAUCCCAGGACAAUUUUACCCAUCUCUCGUAUUCUAAUAAGACCGAAGUAAGAAAUGAAGAGAACCAUGUUUUAAGUAGCACGGUCACAUGA